AUGGCUGGUAGGGCCUUUGUCGUGCUUGCGAUCGCGCCGCUGGUGGCCGGACAGUCCUGCCACGCACUGGACGUGAUCCACGCCCACUGUCAGGUGUCUGUGACAGCACAGACAUCCUGCAAGGCGGUGCAAGAUGAGAUGGUGUCUCGCGUGGCAAGCAUCAGCACCGGGGCCUGGCAUGAUCCCCACAACAACGGCAUCUACUCCUUGGAGUCCCAGACCGAUGCCCAGCUGGAGUUCAAGCGUGUCACCGGCAACAAGAUGUUCACCGACAAGCUGAAGUUCGACUUCGAAGAUGUUGAUGGCACCUGCAAAAUCCACGGCUGCAGUCAGAGUCAGAUUCCGUCUGUGGCAGACUUCUCCACCAACUACUGCAAUCUCAGGAUGCUGUAUUGUGGAGAAGACGAGGGCUGUGAGCCGGUGCAGUAUUCCUUCAGCGUCAAGGAGGACUCCGUUGAACCGUCCUGGGGGGCCGGAAAGGACCCAUCCGCCUGCCUGAAGACGGCGAAGACGGCGACUACCAUUGCGGUGUGA